CUGCCCCCCAGUGUGCUGUUGACGGCUGCUGGGCCCCCCAAGGCUGUCAGCGGGGGGGCACCGUCACUGGCUGCUGGCCUUGUGACUCCCAGGGACAGAGGCCCGCGCAGGGAGACGGGAGCCGUGGGUGCCAGGGCGGCUGGGCGCACACAGAGCUCAUUGUACCACCUGCCUGCCCGAGGGGGCCCCCACAGCACAGCUCCGUGGGGGAGGGGACCUUGGGUGAGUCCUGCCCGGGGGCGAGAGCCUUGUCCUGCCCCACACUGCCCCAGGAUCCCAGACUUGGGGGGCAGGUGCGCUUGUGCCCAGCGUGUCUGCAGCCAUAGAGCAAAGAUCAUGGGGCAACAAAGGGACCUUGCGCCCCAAGGGAGGCAGGAAGGGGUCACCCCCCGGUGCACCAACCAGAGAGAGGAGCUAGAAACCGCUCCCCCCACCAUAAUAAAGAAAGGCCCAUGCUCCACACCUCCCCCCAAGCUUACCCAGUGUGGCGUGUCCCACUCCCCCCAAGACAGCACCCAGCAUGCCAUGUCCCUUGCCCCCUCUAUCCCCCCACAUUCCCCAACAUGAUACACUCCCUUCCCCAGCACCACAACACUUCGAGGGUCAGAGACACCCAGCAGAGCCAGCUGUCCCCAACCCACAGCCCCACAACACCUCGAGGGACAUGAGACACCCAGCUGUACUGCCCCAUACAGCCCCACAACACUUCGAGGGACACGAGACACCCAGCUGUACCAACCCACACAUCCCCACAACACCUCGAGGUCAGAGACACGUGGCUGUACCAACCCACACAGCCCCACAACACCUCGAGGGACAUGAGACACCCAGCUGUACUGCCCCAUACAGCCCCACAACACCUCGAGGGACACGAGACACUCAGCUGUACCAACCCACACAGCAUCUCAAGGUCAGAGACACGUGGCUGUACCAACCCACACAGCCCCACAACACCUCGAGGGACACGAGACACCCGGCUGUACCAACCCACACAGCCCCACAACACCUCGAGGUCAGAGACACGUGGCUGUACCAACGCACACAGCCCCACAACACCUCGAGGGACAUGAGACACCCGGCUGUACCAACCCACACAGCCCCACAACACCUCGAGAGUCAGAGACACCCGGCUGUACCAACCCACACAGCCCCACAACACCUCGAGGUCAGAGACACGUGGCUGUACCAACCCACACAGCCCCACAACACCUCGAGGGACAUGAGACACCCAGCUGUACCAACCCACACAGCAUCUCAAGGUCAGAGACACGUGGCUGUACCAACCCACACAGCCCCACAACACCUCGAGAGUCAGAGACACCCGGCUGUACCAACCCACACAGCCCCACAACACCUCGAGGUCAGAGACACGUGGCUGUACCAACCCACACAGCCCCACACCUCCUCGAGGGACACGAGACACCCAGCUGUACCAACCCACAGCCCCACAACACCUCGAGAGUCAGAGACACCUGGCUGUACCAACCCACACAGCCCCACAACACCUCGAGGGACACGAGACACCCAGCUGUACCAACCCACAGCCCCACAACACCUCGAGGGACACGAGACACCCGGCUGUACUGCCCCAUACAGCCCCACAACACUUCGAGGGACACGAGACACUCAGCUGUACCAACCCACACAGCAUCUCAAGGUCAGAGACACGUGGCUGUACCAACCCACAGCCCCACAACACCUCGAGGGACACGAGACACCCGGCUGUACCAACCCACACAGCCCCACAACACCUCGAGAGUCAGAGACACCCGGCUGUACCAACCCACAGCCCCACAACACCUCGAGGUCAGAGACACGUGGCUGUACCAACCCACAGCCCCACACCUCCUCGAGGGACACGAGACACCCAGCUGUACCAACCCACACAGCAUCUCAAGGUCAGAGACACGUGGCUGUACCAACCCACACAGCCCCACAACACCUCGAGAGUCAGAGACACCCGGCUGUACCAACCCACAGCCCCACAACACCUCGAGGGACAUGAGACACCCAGCUGUACUGCCCCAUACAGCCCCACAACACUUCGAGGGACACGAGACACUCAGCUGUACCAACCCACACAGCAUCUCAAGGUCAGAGACACGUGGCUGUACCAACCCACAUAGCACCACAACACCUUGAGGGUCAGAGACACCCGUCAUACGUGGCUGUAGCACCCCACACAGCACCACAACAUCUCACAGGGUCAGAGACACCCAGCAGAGCCAGCUGUACCCACCCACACAGCCCCAGAACACCUCAAGGGACACAAAACACCCGGUUGUACUGCCCCACAACACCUCAAAGUCAGAAACACCCGGCUGUAUCGCCCCACAACACCUCAAGGGACACAAGAUACCUGGCUGUACCGCCCCACACAGCUCCACAACACCUCGAGGUCAGAGACACUUCUUAGACGUGGCUGUACCACCCCACGCAGGACCAGAAGGAAGAAUUUUAGGCCCAGAUAAAGGAAACCCAACAGAGGUGUCGAUGAAGAUUUAAGAAUGGCCAUGGGAACGUCAGGCUCUCCGAACGCUCUGCCACGGGCCCCUUCGGCCCGAGGCUGUUGUGUUGCCGGAGCGGCUGGAACCAGAGGAACAUGGCAGAUAGCUCAGGCCAGGCCAACUGAGGGGACAGAAGCGCGAUCAGGCAGGAAUAUAUCGGAAGCGUCAUGCAUGGCGCACGGGGCUUGUUUUACACUAGAGAAUGCUCAGGAGAGCUAAGUAGCCACCAGCCAAGACGCCGCCAUCGCUUAGACAAGCCACUCCAGUUACCAUGCGGCCAGUGCCCGCACAGAGGCUUCUGCGCACAGCUCUCCUACCCACCUUCUCGCAGGGGUGCAGGGCGUCAUCUGGCAGCCGGACAGGCGCAGCGUGCCACUCCCGUGCGAUCUCAUUCACUUCUCUCUGGCCGGUGCCAGAGUAAGAGAACGAGUGCAACGACUCUACGUCAGUGUGACGAGCUGCCCAAAGGAGGACAGAGCCCUGUGAGAGCGGGAUGGGACUGACGGAGAGAGGGCACACCCGGCUGGAAGCCCAGGCAGAGACGCCUGUGGAAGUCGGUUGCUGACUGACGAUAAGUCACCAGCAGGAGGCCGCGUGGCCGAGUGAGUCUUACACCAGCGGGGAUGGCACAAGACCACUCGUGCAGUGAGUGUUGCAACACCUUCAGCUGGCACCUUGCCGGAGAGGGUCCCAGGCCAUCAGCUGCCAGGAGACAGGGUGUCUGUGCAGACAGCACCGCACUGGUCCUCUCAGGCUCUGCACCCAUCACACUCCUUUAUCGCACCACCUAGAAAGAACUGCAUAGGGGACACUGAGGCACGCACACAGUAUUCAGUGAAAACAUUAAGACCGUUCCCACUUCGUCACACCAUAAAGCUGACUGGUCCCAUUUCACGGCCACAGGAGAAACUUAUUUCUUCAACACCUAGGAAGGUUUUCCAACCUGUGCUGCGGAAAUCAGCGGAAAGGAGGAAGGCGAGAGGCAGAAAUGGACCCCAGGCUAGAAUCAUACAGGGAUGGAAGAUUUUAGAAGGGAAGGAAUCCGGUUCAACUGGAGGCUGAACGGACCCUUGCAGGCGAAGAGGCCAGAUGGAAAUGGAAGGAAGUCUCAAAAGAAGUCGCCCUGAAAACAGCUGAAUGUAGACAAAGGCAUUGAGAAGAGACUUGCGGAUGGCUGGAUCCUCACGGGAGAAAGGAUUUGUAGAUGACGCUGCAGGGAAUUGAGACGAAACAGACCAACACUAGCAAUUUAAGGGCUUGGCUACACUUGCGAGUUACAGAGCAAUAAAGGAGCCCGGGUGCACUAGCUCACUCCCCAUCCACAUUGGCAAGGCACGUAGAGUGCUCUGACUCCACGGCUACAGCACUGCUGGUACUGCUCCUUGGUGAGAGGAAUAACAUUUGCUGCACCCUUGGCUACAACGCCCAGGUGUCAGUGUGAAGGAGGUGUUGCGUUACUGUGCUCUGAUCAGCCUCCGGACAGGUCCCCAUAAGCCCCUUAACUCAAGUGGCCACUCUUGUCACUGUUUUGUUCCUGUAGGAAUGCGGAAAUGCCCUUUCAAAGCCAGCAUGCAAGCCAUUAGCGUGGAAUGCUGUGGGGGGGGGGAGUGGGAGGCCUGCGGCUGUCUGAACUCACAAGACAGCAUGCUGACAUGCUCUCAGCCCCCCCAAAUCUCACUCUCUCUCCUCCCUUCACACUC